GUUUUUCCGUUUCGGUGCCGGCGGUCAGGCGGCGGUGACAGUUCCAAAAUGAGCGAGGCGGCUGGGCUCCGGCAGCGCCGGCCCCCGCGGCCGCCGGUCGUCACGGACGACAGCCAGACCCCGGAGGCCCAGGAUGGCAGGAAACAAUCCAACCAAGCGUCUGCCACCAUUAACAAGGACCUGCUUCCCUCCAGUUUCCAACUUAUUUCUGACAUCUUUUGGAGCCAUCACCAGCAGUGCCUCCAAUCUCCUUUAGCGGCAGAGUUUUCCGAGUGACCUUUUUGAUGCUGGCUGUUUCCUUCACCGUUCCCCUGCUCGGAGCCAUGAUGCUGCUGGAUUCCCCCAUAGAUCCACAGCCUCUCAGCUUCAAAGAACCCCCUCUCUUGCAUGGUGUUCUGCAACCAAAUACGAAGUUACGACAGGCGGAAAGACUAUUUGAAAAUCAACUUGUUGGGCCAGAGUCCAUAACAAAUAUUGGGGAUGUGAUAUUUACUGGUACCGCAGAUGGCCGGGUCAUAAAAAUUGAAAACGGUGAAAUAGAUACCAUCGCCCGGUUUGGGUCGGGCCCAUGCAAAACCCGAGACGACGAGCCUACUUGUGGAAGACCCCUGGGCAUCCGGGUGGGGCCCAAUGGGACCCUUUUUGUGGUUGACGCAUACAAGGGACUAUUUGAAGUGAAUCCCUGGACACGUGAAGUGAAAUUGUUGCUGUCCUCUGACAUACCCAUCGAGGGGCGGAAAAUGUCCUUUGUGAACGACCUUACAAUAACUCGGGAUGGGAGGAAGAUUUAUUUUACGGAUUCCAGCAGCAAAUGGCAAAGACGAGAUUUUCUGCUUCUGGUUAUGGAGGGAACGGAUGAUGGGCGCCUGCUGGAGUACGAUACUGAGACCAAAGAAGUAAAGGUUUUACUGGACCAGUUGCGGUUCGCUAACGGAGUGCAGCUUUCUCCUGACGAGGACUUCGUCCUGGUGGCAGAGUUGACCAUGGCCAGGAUAAGGAGAGUCUACGUGUCUGGCCUGAUGAAGGGAGGGGUCGACAUGUUCGUGGAGAACCUGCCUGGAUUCCCAGACAACAUCCGGCCCAGCAGCUCCGGGGGUUACUGGGUCUGCAUGUCGAGCAUUCGCCCCAACCCUGGGUUUUCAAUGUUGGAUUUCUUAUCCGAGAGACCUUAUAUUAAAAGAAUGAUUUUUAAGCUGUUUAGUCAGGAGACGGUGAUGAAGUUUGUGCCACGGUAUAGCCUCGCCCUAGAACUCAGCAGCAGUGGUACCAUCCAGAGAAGUCUGCAUGAUCCUGAUGGGCAGGUGGCCACCUACAUCAGCGAAGCGCACGAGCAUGACGGGUACCUCUACCUGGGCUCCUUCAGGUCCCCCUUCCUCUGCAGACUCAGCCUUCAGUCUCUUUAGCCACCCGAUGGCAGCCCUGAUCGUGGCUGUGCCAGGAGUUGGCACAUGGCACCACCUGGUCUAGGAGGCACCAUGGACACAGCCCUUUUCACUUGUAGCACUGUUCCUUGGAAGUGUGGUGUGACCCUGGGGAGGUAUGUGCCCCUGCAGGACAGACUCACCUGGGUUUGACUUUGCACUUAGAGGGAAGCUUAGCAUAUGCCAUUGGAAGAUAUGUUCAUGUAAAGCCAUUUUCUCUUAAAAAAUUCUAAGUACGGUAGUUCUCUAGGACUUGGGGGAUAUGCACUUUUAGCAGGCCUCAGAGUUUUGAUGGAUAGAGCAGUAGAUGAGUUGUCCAGGCAUCUGGCUCUGUACUGCCAGCCUCAGUAUCUUCAUUAUAAAACAGGGUGAUGCCUGCUUAUGGGGAGGAGCAAAGGAAGGGCAAGGAGUGCUCAGUGCAAAAGGGCCUGUGCAAGCGCGACCUCAGCACGACUUCUCCAGAGCUGAGCAGGGCACGGCCUCCACCCCUGGCCUUUUCCUCCCAUUGCUUCCACCCCCAACCUCCUCCGGUUCAUAACAGGGUUUUAAAAAAAACUCCUGAGUCCUGUCAUAUACAGGCAGGGAUCUGAGUAAGUGCAUAGGAGAAGCAUGAUUUCAAAAGCUCCAAGAGGACUACCUGGGUUACUCUCUGAACAACCUACCACACGAAUGAAUGACCCAGCAGCUGGGUGAGUUUAGGGCAGUCCUAUUUACACACCUUUGUUCCUCACCUCUAGACCCACAGGUGUGAAUAGUACGGGUGUUAAUGUCAUAUAUGCUUCAGUGUCAAAAGCCCAAAGUUGCUCUAUGUCUACACACUGGUCAUAGUUUUGUCAGGGAGACCUCUGUAGUGAUGAUAAUUAAAUAAACGUUUAUGCUGAUUAACUAUUUGUGAUGGUGUUGCCUAGGAGUUUCUUCUCUUCUUUAAAUAUAAUUAUCAGUGACUGAAAUCUGACUCCAACCCGUGCUGAUGUGAGGAUCCUUUUAGCUGGGAUCUUGUUUUAGGGUCAAGCAGUUCCUCUGGGGACCCCUCAGGGGGCAGCAGCGGCCUCAGGCCAUUGCCUCCGGCCUUGAUUCAUUUUUGGGUAAGUUGAUAGCACACUGCUCCCUGUUUUCCAACCUACAGAGUGGGGCUGAUACCUGUUUCUGAAGAAAUGUCCUGAAGGACAGUUUGGGCUUCUGGGAUAGUUUUUAAGAACUUGACUGGACAGUAUUUUAAUAGGUAAUGAUACAGUUCAAAGGGGAUUGAGAGCUGUGGUGAAAUCUGAACCUUUGUGUCUUGUCACACUGGCUGGCCUCCAACCCCUUCCCUCCCUUUUCCAGUGUAGCCAGCUCUGCCCAUGCCCUGGUCAGCCUGAUUUCGGGGGAAGGAAGUCCAGAGUCUAGCGGUGGCCUCAUCUCUGUCACCCUCUUCCGGCCGGCUUUAUGCAGCAACAGUAGAACUGAGUCAAAGACUGGCUUCAGUCUA